AUGGCAUUAUGGUUAAGUCAAAUUAUAAUAACAAUACAAUACAUGCUUCUUCUGGUGUGAAAUAUUUGCAGUGCAGUGCAGACAAACUUUUGUCGUUACUUGCAUUUUGAGCAAGUAACCUACCUAGCAACCAUUAACAUCACGCGUUGAACAAAGUUUCGCUAACUUGUGUUAGCUAAAACCCUGAACAAAUAGUCAGACAAUGAGAUAAUGACACGCUGUUACUUAAUUAUUUUAAUUUCCAAAGGCGAGAACGUCGUCUCUCUCUUUUUUUUUUUUUUUUUUUUUUUUCCAUACCUGCCUCGGGCUGGAGUUUCUGUGGUGUUGCUGCCUGUCAGACGGGUUUUCUCUCCCCGGCCUCUGCGUGUCUCUCUGCCGCUCUCAUACACACAAAGGCGAGGAGAAGCAGGAAGUAGAAAAAAAAAAGCAGACCGAGCAGCUGAUGAAAAUAAGGAAGUAAAAGGCUGUCGCUGUUUUGCUGUAUAGUGAACGUUCGUGUGUUCGGCCGUGGGAUUCAAGGGACGGCGGUUGUGCUACGGAAGUUAGCCGCCGAAGCUAAACAUUUCCACUGACUCCACAUUAUUAUUUCAAAACAGACCCCAGACAGAGACACAGAGGAGGGAGAGGAAGACACGGAGAGAGCUUAUCUGCGAUCCCCCAGAAUUUAUGUCCGCCGCCAUGGACCGCAACGGGGAACCCGAGGAGCAACGAGCCGUGAUGCUGAGUCAAGAGGAGCUGCCUCAGAUGGACGGCUCGUGUGAUGCGUGCGAGCCCGACGAGGCCCAGCCGGCGACGGAAGUGUGCCACACCUGCGGCUUCGCCUUCUGCCCUCUCCACGCGGACAAGCACGCCGGCAGCACGCGCCACGCGCUGGCGCCUUACAGCCACGAAGAGACGCAGGCGAACGGGGAUGUGGCCGGAGCCGAGGCGGCGGACGGGACGGGGGCGCCGCUCGGCGUUGCCGCAGCCGACGGCGGCGUGAGCGGUGAUGCCGAGGGAAAAGGGGGCGCCCAGAAGUGUCCGCCGCAGCAGGCUGAGCCGGGCGAAGGGGCCGAGGGCGCGGAAGCGGGCGCGGAGGCCGCUGGAGAGGGCGGGGACAAGAGGGAAACCGUGACGGUUGAGAGACUUCGUUGCAAGGAGCACGGUCAGGAAGGUUCCCUCUACUGUAAGCCUGAUGAAAAGAUCAUCUGUGUGGUGUGCGCUGUGCAGGGUGAGCACAGGGGACACGAGAUCAUCACUCUGUACGAGGCCUACGUGUGGCAGAAGAACAGGCAAGGUUACGACCUGCUGAGCUGUACGCAGCAGAUGGGCGAGAAGAUAAGGACUAAGUGGACCAACCCCGAGAUGACCACGGAGGAGCUAGAGGCCUACGUGAACGCUCAGUUUGACGAACUCCGCCAACUGGUGAUUCUGGAGGAGAAGAGGACCCUUCACCUGGUUGACCUCAAAGAAGCAUUCCUCACAGCAUCGGCUGUUGAGAAAAUUGCAGAGAUCACGGCCCAAACCGAAAAACUGCAGGAAGAGAUGGCCAACAUCACACACCAGCUAUGUAUGCUGGAGCAGGCUGAGGCAUUGGCGGGUCCUGCAGUUGCAGCAGAGGCCCUCGUUGCUGGACCUGGACCAGCCCACAGAGUGCUGCCCGACAUUGAGGCCAGGCCAAGGCUGCCUGAGCCGAGAGCAGACCCCGUGAACCGUCUGGACUUUGAAGACAAUGAUUCCGGACCCUCCAUGGACCACGCCCCCUGAUACGAGCGUGACCAGCCUCUCUCCACGUCCACCUGUCCCUCACUGUCCGCUUCAGUCGGCCGUCACCGCCGCCGAGCUGUCAGGCCGGCCCUCUCUCCGUCAGCCGUCUCCCUCCACCCUCCACCCCUCCCUCCCCGGCCCCGCCGUCCUUGAAGGAGGUCGCCGUGACAAAUUACCGAUGGGCCACAUCUUUUCUGCUCCCCAACUUUUUUUUUUUUUUUUUUUUUCUUUUAAUUCCUCACAAGCUACUAACUUUCUUUAAUUGAGGAACGCAGGCUACGUGCAAUCAAUUACCAUCAGGCUCAGUUUCCGCCGCCAGUCAGAUCCCUGGCUUUAACUGGUGAGCGGGAGUCUGGGUAGGCAGCUGAGCAGAACAUCUGUUAAGCCCAACAGAUGUCGGCAACGGAAAACUCUGUGACAAGCCGCGCUUCACUCCUCAUUUAUUUGCGAUAUCGUUUCGGUUCUGCCUGUUCCGACGCGCACCCCGGAUACCCUCAGGCCAGGCGCGGAAAGGGGACGUUUCUCGGAUGCCUUACGAAUGUAUCGCGGAGGUCUUUUCCGCGUUGUAUAUUUUCAUUGUUAAAAAAAACAACAAAAACAAAAAAAAAAUUUUUUUAUGCUUGUUGCAUUCACCCCCUCCUUCCCCUGCAUCCCCUCUCGCUGAUUUUUAAUGCUUGUAAAUUCGCGGAUACUUCCUCGUGUGCUUGUCAGAGCCAUUAUCCGGAGCGGAGGGGGGACGUUUUGACACCUAUUGACUGGCGAAUGUUGCUGAGUCUUUGUUGUGGUGAAAAUCGAACAGCAAUUUGACUGUGCAAAGUAAAACUCCCGCAGUAUCAGCGCUCUAUGUACCGUAAUGUAAAGGCUCAUUUCUCCGGACCAAUCUGCAGGAGAUGACGGAUUACAGCCCAGACAAGCUUAUGCACUUUCUACCUUGACCCGCUCAGCCGGACUUUUCAAUCAUGAUGUACUACCACGGGGCUAUCUAUAUCAGCAGUUUGUUUUUAGCGUGAUUGAUUCUGUUGCCUUAAAUUCUGAACUAAAAGCGGUGUCACCCGUGAUAUUAAUGUUUGACGACGACACGACUUCACUACUGUAGCGCUGAACCAAGAUGCACUAAGAGAUGUUUACUUGUACCUAAGGGAAAUGUUGGUAUGUCUGCAGCCUAUUGUAAAAAAAAAAAAAAACUGCAAGCUCUUAUUUUUUUAUUCUGGUGUAGCAGACUGGAGUCAGACUGUCUGAUGUUUCCUCUCGUUUUUACUCGUCUAUUCUUGUCUUAAACCUAUAAAUAAACAGCCUGUUUCUUCGACUGGCUCCGGAAGAUGACA